CCGGACGGCGCGGGCUCCCACACGGCAGCAGCCACGGAUCCUCGAAGAGGAGCGAGAGGAUGAUGAUGACUGUGAUGAUGGUGGUGAUGCGGAGCACGUGAAGCCGUGUUCGGAGGGAUUUGCUGUCAGGAUGAAUUUAUUGGACGCUUGGCUGUACUGACUGAGCGAAGCGCACAGAAAGAGAUGGGGGACCGUCACCGACGGUCUGGAACUCUCGGGAGUCUCACGACCAAGACCCGAGUCUCCAAGGAAACCAAGCUCCGGCUGCGCGUGAUCUUCCUGGAUGAUAGUGAACGCACGUUCGAGGUGGAGCAAAAGGUUUUAGGUGGGGACUUCUUCAACAAAGUGUGUGGUCAUCUAAAACUGCUGGAGAAGGAGUACUUUGGACUGGAGUUCAGACACCAUAGUGGCCAUUUUGUUUGGUUGGAACUAAUGAAGCCCCUAGUCAAACAAAUUAAAUACACAAAUGAUUUAUUCUUCAGGUUUAUAGUCAAGUUCUUCCCACCAGACCCUGGACAACUAAAGCGAGGCCUCACCAGGUAUCUUUUUGCCUUACAGAUAAAGCAGGAUUUGUCCAACGGCAGUCUAACCUGCAAUGACAACAGCGCCGCCCUGCUGGUGUCUCACAUACUGCAGUCAGAGAUAGGGGACUAUGACGAGGACCUGGACUGUCAACAUUUGGAAAUGAAGCACUAUGUCCCCAAUCAGGAAUAUCUGGACCACAAGAUCAUCAGGUUUCACAAGAAACACAGAGGAGUCUCUCCAGCAGACUCGGACAUCCACCUGCUGGAAGUGGCGAGGAAACUGGACAUGUACGGCAUCAGGCCUUAUCCUGCCCAUGACGGAGAGGGAAUGAGAAUCAAUCUGACUGUCACACACUCUGGCGUACUGGUCUUUCAGGGAAACACGAAAAUCAACACAUUUAGCUGGGCGAAGAUCCGCAAGCUAAGCUUCAAACGCAAGCAUUUCCUUAUCAAACUACACGACAAAGUUGGGCCAUCGUGUAAGGAUACCCUUGAGUUUGCCAUGGCCAGCCGUGAUGUGUGUAAAUCAUUCUGGAAGAUGUGUGUAGAGUACCAUGCUUUCUUCAGGCUCGCUGAGGAACCACAGGCCAUACAUAAAACUCUGCUGUCCUGUAAAGGCUCCAGAUUCAGAUACAGCGGGAGAACUCAGAAACAGCUCCUAGAGUGUAUGGGAUCAGGGGAGAAGAAGCCUUUACACUUUGAGAGGACCCACUGUCAGUCAGAUUACGAUCCCAGACAGUUCCGAUCUUCUCCUGAUCUUCUCACUGAUGUCUCCAAACAGUUAUACGAACACUCUUACCAGUUUCCUCGAUCAACUGGAGCUCUGGGGAUACACAGUCAGGAUGAAAUGGACCCACGUCGUCGAGGUGUGAAUGACAGUGAAAUUGGAGAAGGUGGAGCUAGACGCAGCCAGUCAUCUGUUGAGGUCAGCCAAAGGCCACACCACCUCUGUCAAGUCACUCCCCUUUCUUCAGCUCUCCAACAGUCAACCCCCUCACCAAAGAUACGAUCUGCCUCUACAUCUUUAUCGGAAGACAGGAGGGGGGGUUGGAAUGGGGCGCCGCGACAAGCCCAAAGGCUAGCAGGUGUCUAUGGAAACCGGUCACGACGUCGGCCGAACCCCCAACCACAUCCAGAUGCUGCACAGCAGCUGGUUCUUCUUUAUCCAAACACCCCUGCAUACCAGUACCAUCCAAUUCUCCCAUCAUUCCCAUUAGCUGGUUCCUUGCCACUCAGUCAACACCCUUAUUUGUCGGACUGUGUUGCGGUUUCCUCUCUGGAGCGUUUACCGCAUGCAAGGAGGCAGGAAUAUGUGCCAGUGGAUGGUGUAUCACGACCUGCUUUUUACCCAUUAAGCCAUCAUUUGCCAUCAGUUUCACCAGUUAGGAGGAACUUUCGCCCGUCUGGUUCAGGUGGGCUCGGAUUGGCAAGGGUCUACCAGUCAGGAAGUAAUGGAGCAAGACUUUUGGGCGUUGGUCACACAGAGGCGGGGCAUUACAGUGAUGACUCCAACUUCCUACCAGGGCUUCCUCGUCGUGUGGCAAGCCAGCCAGAUGUCAAGUUCCAUUUUUCAAGGAGUACAAAUCCCGCCUUUAAUCCGGCCUCUGAAUUCCGACCCCUUGGUUACUACCCUCACCUUACACGUCCCUCCAGACCCACGUAUCUCCCACUUAACGCCUCCCCUCUGCCUGAACGCCCCACCUCAGUAUGCAUGAUUGGUGGAGCCACAGGAAGCUACAGUGACUCUGAUCCAGAGGUCUUCUAUCCAUAUUACUGCCCACCCCCUCAGCUGGGGAGGGUUGUACGGUCAGCUGGCUUAGCCAGGAUGAGGUUUUCCUCUGGAAGCCUUCAGCUGGAUGAGGAAGAAGAGGGAGAGGAAGAAGAAAAGGUGGCUGUAGCAGCCAAAGAAACUGCUAGAAAAGAAUUUACGGAUGGACAGAAGAAAGAAAAGAGUGAAGAAGAGGGCACAAAAGGAGCAGCAAAGAUUACUCAAGUCACUCUGUAGACGAAGACUUUUGCUAUGUUCACUGCAAACUGUAGAUAUGACAAUAAUAUAUUAAAAGUGCGUAAAGUGGACUGUUUUAAGGUGUAGUUUCAGAUAAAAUGUAUUUUUGCCUUGUUUUAAUGAAAACUAAAUAUAGAACUGGCUUUUACCAGUGGUGUAUGCAGGUAGUUCCAGUUGGGUGGACAAAAUAAGACAGAGGGUUGUUAGAGGACGCUAAUCAAUAGUAAUCACUAACUAAAAUGUCCAACAGGAUUAUUGUUAACUUUGAUUAGAAUCAGUGUGUGAAAUACAGGGAUUCUUGGGUAACUGGAGCCCUUAAAUAACUGCUUUAGUGUACAUAAACCCUUUUGAUUAAAAUCCUAAUCCAUUUGUUUGGAAAGUCCGCUUUGUUUGGGGUAUUGUGAACAGGCAAACAAACUUUAAUUCCCAUCAAAGCGGACUUGGUCUGCCGACAAAUGUGGAUCCCAGUCCGCUUAAAGCAGACUAAACACAGGUAGUGGACUACAAAGCAUAGUGCAUUGUGGGUUCAGCACACACCAUUGUGG